CACAGAAAAGGUUGGAGGCGGAGCUCGCGCUCUGACAGGAGGUCGGUGAAGACCAGAGCGAGAGCGGGAAGAGCUCGAGGGAGCGCGCGGGGAGCCCGAGUUCAGACAACGGACAGCCGGACUUCAUGACCUGGGCAGAUGAUGCUAAAGAGGAAGGCUUUGUCCUUGUGUCUUUUGGAGCUGGUGUGAAAUAUCUGUCGGAUGAUGUUGCACAUAAAUUAGCAGGAGCUCUGGCACGGCUUCCUCAGAAAGUAGUGUGGAGGUAUUCUGGAAAGAAGCCUGUCAAUUUGGGAAAUAAUACAAGGCUUGUGGAAUGGAUGCCCCAAAAUGAUUUACUUGGUCAUCCAAACAUCAGAGGAUUUCUAAGCCAUGGUGGUCUGAACGGUAUCUUUGAAGCAAUGUAUCAUGGUGUACCUGUAGUAGGGAUCCCUCUUUUUGGUGACCACUAUGAUACAAUGACCCGCGUGCAUGCCAAAGGCAUGGGCAUCUCAUUAAACUGGAAAACAAUGACAGAACAUGAUCUAUAUAACGCAAUGUUGACCGUUAUUACUGAUCCACGUUACAAGCAACGUGCUGAACAGUUAUCCCAGAUUCAUAGAGACCAGCCUGAGCAUCCUGUGAGCCGAACUGUUUACUGGAUUAACUACAUUCUUCGUUACAGUGGAGCAGAACAUCUUCGUGCUGCUGUUUAUGAUAUCCGGUUCUACCAGUAUUACUUGUUGGAUGCAAUUCUGCUCGUUUCAUUGAGCUUUAUUGUUGCAUUCAAGAUAGGAUUGUGGAUAGUAAAGCUGAUUGCCAAAAGGUUUUCAUAUAAAUUAGUGCAUGGUAAAACUAAUGGACACUGCUACAAUGGAAUAGCAAAUGGUAAACUUCGGAAGAAUGGUCACAUCAAAUAUGAAAAGAAAGUGAAAUGAAUAACCUUGUCUAUCCUCUAAUACUGGGAUAUUUUUAACAGUUAACUAUACUGUUGGUAUAAUACUACCUGUGUAACACACUACUGACAGCAUUUAGGAAAAUAACUGUUAACAUUCUUCACCAUUUAACCUCGUUUGGCCUAAAAUUCCAUGUGCUGACUAAAGGACCGAUGAGCACAAUUUAAAAUGCAAUAUUGUAUAUCUGAUUCUUGGCAUUUCUGCACAAAUUACUUUGGCACUGAAACUAUAAAGGGCCUUAAUUCUUGGAGCAUUUUAUUAUGGAUUUUUAUAAAUUGUUUUGCGAUUUAAGUGUUUUGUGUGCCCCACUUUUUUUAAAAAAAACACAAAGAUGAAGGGUUUGAUACUUGGGUAAAAUUCAUUCUGUUUAAUUUAUUUUUUGUUUUAUUUUUGGAGUUGACAGAGGAUUAUGUUAGCCAGGACUGCAUUGAAUAAUACACUAAUCCAAUUGUGAUGGUGGUCUAGUCAAUUAUUGGACCCAUAUGAAGAUGUUUUACUUGUUGAUGUUGAAUACUUUCCUUCUGAUGAAAAACCGGGUGGUAAGAUCUGCUGAAUACUAAAAGAUUGAAUGUUUUUCACCAUUUGAGAUUUUUUUAAUAGGUUGGGCACAAAUCCAGGUAUCCCUCACAAGCAAAUCCUUCACAAAAUCAGUCAGCAUGUAAUUUAAUCAUCUUGUCAACUAGUGCUCAGUGACAACAGAAUGUUCACCUUUUAGGUUUUUUUUUUGAACUUAAUUACAAAUUGUGGAGUUGAUGAGGUACAAACCUAUUGUGUAUCUUCGAACGUGCUAAUGUCAUAAUUCACAACUGAGAAAUGAAGCUCUGUUAUUUACAACAUGAAUUAAACAACACACUUUUAGGUGCACAAUUUUUUUUUACUUUAAGUGCUCUGCAAAUCCCAUUUAAAAAUACUGCAUUUGUGGUGGGUGACGACGUUUCCAACAUCGCAUUUCAUUGAAAUUUGGGUGUAUCACCUAUUCUACAGAGUAGAUUUUUAAUGUAAAUUAAAACAUGAAAUACAGCAGUAACAAUUAUCCAUCAUCAUCUGAUUUUAGAAUAUGUAUUGAAUAAAAAGUGGUUUGAAAAUUAAUUUUUCAACAAUGUGCUGGAAAGUUUAGGUUCCAUCAUGAAUGGACAUUUUGGAUAUAUGAACCAAGGUGAUGGUUUAUAUUCUCUUAUUUUUGCUACCUCUUCUUGGUCAACUCUGUUUUGAUGCACAACCUAUAAAUAAGAGGUCAUAUUUGCAGCACAGAUGAAACAGCUCCAUGUAUUGUUGCCCAUCACUUGCCAAAGUAUUUUUACAUGGUCUUUAUAUUUUCUCAUUAAAAUAUAGAUGAAUUGUACAUCAAAGGCUAUUAAUUUUCAAUGAUUUCAUCUUGGCAGCUUCCUGUUGUUUUGAACGUCUUUGGGGCACACAAUUCACUGUUGUGUAACUGCUCUACUUAAUAGAACCCAGUGCUGCUUCCUGUAUCUGUCAUAGUUUGUCUACAGUGUGACGUGUUUACUUGCAAUAUGUAGUAGACCUGCUGUGAGUGUAAAUUUUAUUUAUUGUAAUUAGAAUUCACAUGUCUGACUAAGAAAAGCAGAGUGUUUCAAUAUUCAAUAUCACUAUUGCCUUCUUGAUUUUCACUAAUUUGUGACCCAAAUAAGGAUUGUAACUUUCUUCUAUCCCACUUGGAGCCACAAGUGACCACUGAAUGUAGGAAAAUAGACAGGAGUAUAAACAGCUAAUAAUUUGAAGUAACCGAACAAGAGAAAGUUGAUAUAAAAGUUUAAUUAUUUUUACUUCUGUUCAAUACUGUCUGUGCAAUACUGCCAUGAAGUGGCCAUUGGCAAUGCAGAUAAACUGCUUUGGAAGGCAAUGAGUGGUGGGGUGAUAACUAUGUCAUCUUAACAUGUACUGUAUGCAGAUAUUUGUUUUAAAGUAAAAUAACAGAUACAGUGUCUCCAGGCUGAAGGAAGUUGAGCUAAGCUUAAAGCUGUGAUAAAGUCAAGCAAUAAGCACUGAUUACAUAGCCUGAAACCUUUUUUUAUGUAUAUAUAAAAGUGUAAAUGUCUAAUUACAGCUACAGUUUUAAAUACAUACACUUAUCUGUUAUUGCAA